UCCUGUUUAGGCUCCGCCCCUUUUGACGCAGUUCCUGUUUUUACUCGGGCUUUAUUUUGUACCGCUGCUAUUAAUAAUAAUAAGUUAUACUUUUGAUGCUUAUUUAUCAUGCAUUUAUUUUGAUUGUAAGAUUUCCGGAUUGUGCAAGUGGUUUAAAAAUAAACGGUUAAUCCUUGUUAAAAGCAAAAUGGCGGAAGAGCCGCUGCUACAUCGCUGUUAGCAUCCGAUUUCUGCUCCCUGGAGCAGUGUGUGGACCGACCUGCUGUCCUCCGGCCGGAGUUCAGCGCUUCUCUGGGCAGUUUGAGGGCAAACACUGAACACGGACCGAGGGGAGACCACGGCGGCUUGCAGGCAGCAGCGGCUAGCAGCAGCAGCGACUAGCAGGGAGCAGCAGCGGCUAGCAGCAGCGGCUAGCAGCAGUAGCGACCUGCCCGCCGUAUGAGAGAGCAGCCUCAGCUCGGCGGAUAGCUGUCAGCUCUCCAUGAGGAGGAACGUCGCGGAUGUUGAUGACCUUAACUCUCCAACAACAGGCAGCAAAGAUGAACCGGAAGAAAGACAAAGGAUUUGAGAGCCCUCGGCCUUUUAAAUUGACCCACCAGGUGGUGUGCAUCAACAACAUCAACUUCCAGAGGAAGUCUGUCAUUGGCUACGUGGAGCUGACCAUCUUCCCCACUGUGGUCAACCUGAACCGGAUCAAGCUCAACAGCAAACAGUGUCGCAUCUACAGGGUGAGAGUCAACGAGCUGGAGGCACCGUUCAUCUACAAUGACCCCACCCUGGAGGUGUGCCACAGCGAGUCCAAGCAGCGGAACCUGAACUACUUCUCCAGUGCCUACACGGCGGCGGUCAGUGCAGUGGACCCGGAUGCUGGGAACGGAGAACUGGUGAUCAAAGUUCCCUCUGAGCUCUGGAAGCAGGGAGACGAUCUGAAGGUGCUGAAGGUUUACAUCGAGUUCUCCCUGGACCAGCCCAAAGGGGGGCUCCACUUUGUUGUUCCUGAUGUGGAGGGCAGCAUGGCGGAGAGGGGGGCCCACGUCUUCUCCUUUGGAUACCAGAACUCCACCAGGUUCUGGUUCCCCUGUGUGGACUCCUAUUCAGAGCUGUGUACCUGGAAGCUGGAGUUCACUGUGGAUGCAUCCAUGGUGGCCGUGUCCUGUGGGGACCUGAUGGAGACCAUCUACACCCACGACAUGAGGAAGAAGACCUUCCACUACGUCCUCCCCAUCCCCACUGCGGCCCCCAACAUCUCCCUGGCUGUGGGGCCCUUUGAAAUCCUGGUAGACCCCUACAUGCACGAGGUGACCCAUUUCUGCCUGCCUCAGCUGCUUCCUCUGCUCAAACACUCCAUGUCCUACCUGCAUGAGAUCUUUGAGUUCUACGAGGAGAUCCUGACGUGCCGCUACCCGUAUUCAUGCUUCAAGACUGUGUUUGUGGAUGAGGCCUACGUGCAGGUGUCGUCCUACGCCUCCAUGAGCAUCUUCAGCACCAACCUGCUGCACAGCCCUACCAUCAUCGACCAGACCCCGCAGACCCGCCGCUGUCUGGCUCAGGCCCUGGCCCAGCAGUUCUUUGGCUGUUUCAUCUCCAGGAUGUCCUGGGCUGAUGAGUGGGUGUUGAAGGGCAUUUCUGGCUACAUCUACGGCCUUUACCUGAAGAAGACCUUUGGAGUCAAUGAAUACCGCCACUGGAUCAAAGAGGAGCUGGACCGGAUCGUGGUAUACGAGCUGAAGAUGGGAGGCGUUCUGCUGCACCCCACCUUCAUUGGAGGCAAAGAGAAGGACAAUCCUACUCCCCACCUCCACUUCUCCAUCAAGCACCCCCACACUCUAUCCUGGGAGUACUUCAGGAUGUUCCAGUGCAAGGCCCACCUGGUGAUGAGGCUGAUUGAGAACCGGAUAAGCAUGGAGUUCAUGCUGCAGGUCUUCAACAAGCUGCUGAGCCUGGCCAGCACGGCGUCCUCUCAGAAGUACCAGAGCCACAUGUGGAGCCAGAUGCUGCUGUCCACCCACGCCUUCCUCAAGUCCAUCUCCAACGUCUCCGGCAAAGACAUCGGCCCUCUGAUCAAGCAGUGGGUCAGAGAUCAGAGCGGCGUGGUGAAGUUUUUCGGCAGCUUUGCUUUCAACAGGAAGAGGAACGUUCUGGAGCUGGAGAUCCGCCAGGACUACACGUCCUCUGGAACCCAGAAAUAUGUGGGCCCCAUCAAGGUGACGGUCCAGGAGCUGGAUGGCUCCUUCAACCACACGCUGCAGAUAGAGGAGAACAGCCUGAAGCAUGACAUCCCCUGCCACUCCAAGAGCAGAAGGAACAAGAAGAAGAAGAUUCCCCUGAUGAAUGGAGAAGAAGUGGACAUGGACCUGUCUGCUAUGGACGCCGACUCUCCUCUGCUGUGGAUCCGGAUCGACCCGGACAUGUCCAUCCUGAGGAAGGUGGAGUUCGAGCAGGCCGACUUCAUGUGGCAGUACCAGCUGCGAUACGAGAGGGACGUGGUGGCACAGGAGGAAGCCAUCACAGCGCUGGAGAAGUUCCCCACCCCCGCCUCCAGACUAGCUCUGACGGACAUCCUUGAGCAGGAACAGUGUUUCUACAAGGUCCGCAUGCAGGCCUGCUUCUGCCUGGCCAAGAUCGCCAACGCCAUGGUGAGCACAUGGCAGGGUCCACCAGCCAUGAAGUCUCUGUUCACCAGAAUGUUCUGCUGUAAGAGCUGCCCCAACAUCGUCAGAACCAACAACUUCAUCAACUUCCAGAGCUACUUCCUGCAGAAGACCAUGCCGGUUGCCAUGGCAUUACUCAGGGACGUGCAGAACCUGUGUCCUAAAGACGUUCUCAACUUCAUCCUGGAUCUCAUCAAGUAUAACGACAACCGGAAGAACAAGUUCUCAGACAACUACUACCGGGCCGAGCUGAUCGAGGCGCUGACCAACGCACUGACUCCGGCCAUCAGCAUCAACAACGAGGUCCGGACCGUGGAGAACCUGAACCCGGACGUCCGCCUCAUCCUGGAGGAGAUCACCCGCUUCCUGAACAUGGAGAAGCUGCUGCCCAGCUUCAGGAACACCAUCACUGUGAGCUGCCUGAAGGCCAUCCGUCAGCUGCAGAAGAACGGUCACAUUCCCAGCGACCCGUCCCUCUUCAGGGCCUACGCUGAGUACGGACACUUCGUAGACGUCCGUCUUUCUGCGCUGGAGGCUCUAGUGGACUACACCACGGUUGAGAGGAGCUCCACAGACCUGCAGUGGCUGCUGGACCUGGUCCAAAGCGACCCAGUUCACUACGUCAGACACAAGGUUCUGGGCAUGCUGAGUAGGAACCCCCCCUUCACCAAGGCAGCCGACUCUGGCCUGUGCACCGAGGCUCUGGUGGAUCAGCUGUGGAGGCUGAUGAACUCAGGUACCGCCCAUGAGUGGCGCCUGCGCUGCGACGCCGUUAACCUCUACUACACGCUGUUCGGACUCACCCGGCCAUCCUGCCUUCCGCUGCCAGAGCUGGGCCUGGUCCUCAACCUAAAGGAGAAGAAGGCUGUCCUCAACCCCACCAUUAAGCCUGAGCAGGGCACCAGCGUCGCCAUGGAGACGCCUGCCAGUAUAGGCGUCCACGGCGUGGGGAUGAGCUACUCUGCGGUGGACGAAGAGCCCGAUCCCGUCUCUCUGGGGGUGUGCGGUGUGGGCCAGCCCCCCCAGGGCCUCAAGAGGAAGGCUGAGACCCCCUUGGGUUCCCCCCCGGAACCGGGACAGAUCCUGCAGCACACGGACGACGAUGGGAGACCGGGACGCUACAAGAUCAGGUUUAACCCCAUGGAGGACGAAGACAUCGACAUGGAGACGGUUCACGACAGCCAGGCCUUCAUCCACCAUCACCUCAACCUGCUGGAGCGCCCGUCCACGCCAGGUAAGGAGCCCCCGCUGGCGGAGCAGACCCUGCCGUCCAUGUCGGCCGCACCUGUGGCCCCGUUCUCCAAGGACGCCGCCUCCCUGUCCUCCAAGCACGGAGGAGACCACGCCCACCACCACCACCAUCACCACCACGAGCACAAGAAGAAGAAAAAGAAGCACAAGCACAAACACAAGCACAAGCACAAGCACGACAGCAAGGACAGGGACAGGGAGAACCCGUACGCCUUCAGCAACAGCCCCGCCAGCGGACGCUCUCUACGCUCCCCCUCGCUGUCCGACUGAACCCGCUGACAUCAUCGCCACGCCGCCCUCUGGAGCUCCAACAGAACCAGCCGCCGCGCCGGGCCCCCCCGUCUCCAGCUCAGGACGCCGGGCCCCUCGCAGCAAUCUUCUUUGGAGCAGCAGAACCAAGGCUUGUUCCUCAGGUUGUUCCAGGGAUUCCAUUUUCAUCCAAUCACCUUCAGCAGUGGGAUGGUUCAGAAGUUCUGCUUUUAGUCCGGCCCACUUUGCUCUGGUAACCUCUGCAGAAGUAGAACCGGACCCAGACUGGACUCCACAGGUUCUGGUUUCAUGCUGGGUUCUGCAAGUGUUUCCUGGAUCUUAGAACCAAUGUCGGGUCAGAACCGAGCUUCUGCCGCCAAUCAGACGCCACCCGAUGGGGCCUUCAGGUAUUACACCAACACAAACUAGAUCCACAGAGCAGGUUCUGUUCAGAUUCCGGUACUGGUCUGGGCCAGUCUGCGGUUCUGUUCAGAUCCUGGUACUGGUCUGGGUCAGUCUGCGGUAACGCCUGAUCAACCAACAGCCAUUCAGGUUGAUUGUCCCGCCCCCUUCCUCUGAUUGGCUUCUCUAUGUGAGCUGAUUGGAUACUGGAAAUCCUGCUUCUAGCCUCCUGUAGCAUCGGCCAUGUUCUUCUGUUGGGGCUGCGGAGGACCGGGCCCCGGCCCCAAGGACUGGAUGACCCAGUAGAUUCUGAGCCGACUGGUGGUUAUGAAUAAAACUGGGUUUAUGUUUUAUCUUUAUUUUCUAUAGAAAUCUGCUGUUCUGUCAUUGAAACCAUGAAUAUUGUGAUCAUUAAAUUCUACUUUUUCAUAAA